GAUAUGACAUCUGCUCAGCUUCUUGUAACGGACAAUGAUUUUAGAGACAAAGAUUUCAGAAAGCAACUCAGCGAAACUGUGAAAUCACUGUUAGCGCUAAAAGUUAUUCCUAUAUUCAACGAGAAUGAUGCAGUUAGUACCAGGAAAGCUCCGUAUGAGGAUUCUUCUGGCAUAUUUUGGGAUAACGACAGUUUAUCAGCUUUAUUGGCAUUGGAAUUAAAAGCUGAUCUUCUUAUUUUGUUGAGUGAUGUAGAGGGUCUUUAUAGUGGCCCUCCAAGUGACCCACAUUCAAAGCUUAUUCAUACAUACAUUAAGGAAAAGCAUCAAAAUGAAAUUACUUUUGGAGACAAAUCUAGAGUGGGAAGGGGUGGAAUGACUGCCAAAGUAAAGGCUUCUAUUCAUGCAGCUGAAGCUGGCAUUCCUGUUAUCAUUACCAGUGGUUAUGCAGCUGAAAAUAUCAUUAGAGUCCUCCAAGGACAACGUAUUGGAACCCUUUUCCAUAAAGAUGCGCAUAAAUGGGCCAUAGUAAAAGAGGUUGAUGCUCGUGAGAUGGCAGUUGCAGCUAGGGACUGUGCCAGACGGCUUCAGGCUUUAUCUUCAGAAGAGAGGAAACAAAUUUUGCUAAAAAUAGCUGAUGCACUAGAAGCGCAUCAAAAAGAGAUCAGGAGUGAAAAUGAAGCUGAUGUUGCUGCGGCACAAGAAGCAGGAUAUGAAAAAUCGUUGGUUGCUAGGUUGGUUUUAAAGAAUGAGAAGCUUGCAAGCCUUGCGAACAACAUUCGGAUUAUUGCAAACAUGGAAGAUCCAAUUGGUCGAGUGUUAAAACGAACCGAGCUUGCAGAGGGGCUGAUUCUGGAGAAAACAUCAUCUCCUUUAGGAGUACUUUUAAUUGUUUUUGAGUCUCGCCCAGACGCACUAGUACAGAUAGCUUCCUUGGCAAUCCGAAGUGGGAAUGGGCUUCUCUUGAAAGGAGGCAAGGAGGCUAAGCGAUCAAAUGCAAUUUUGCACAAAGUAAUUACUGAAGCCAUAUCAGAUACUGUUGGCGCAAAACUUAUUGGACUCGUGACAUCAAGAGCAGAAAUUCCUGAGCUACUUAAGUUGGAUGAUGUAAUUGAUCUGGUGAUUCCAAGAGGCAGCAACAAACUGGUCUCUCAGAUCAAGAGUUCCACUAAAAUUCCUGUUCUGGGUCAUGCUGAUGGAAUUUGUCAUGUCUACGUUGAUAAAUCCGCUGAUUUGGAGAUGGCACGGCAGAUUGUGCUGGAUGCAAAAAUAGAUUAUCCAUCAGGCUGCAAUGCUAUGGAAACACUUCUUGUACACAGGGACUUAAAAGAGAAAGGUUGGCUCAAUAAUAUUAUUGUUGACCUAAGGACAGAAGGUGUUGCACUAUAUGGAGGACCUAAGGCAAGUCCUGUGUUAAAUAUUCCACUGGCUAGUUCAUUACAUCAUGAGUACAAUUCGUUGGCAUGCACUGUUGAAAUUGUGGAUGAUGUUUAUGCAGCUAUUGAUCAUAUAAAUCUUCAUGGAAGUGCACAUACCGAUGCUAUUGUUGCAGAAGAUCAUCAAAUAGCUGAUGUGUUUCUACGCCAAGUGGACAGUGCUGCUGUUUUCCACAAUGCUAGCACAAGAUUCAGUGAUGGGGCACGAUUUGGGCUAGGUGCAGAGGUUGGAAUAAGUACAAGCAGGAUUCAUGCUCGGGGUCCAGUCGGAGUUGAUGGAUUGUUAACGACCAGAUGGAUUCUGAAAGGAAGUGGACAAAUAGUAGAUGGUGACAAAGCAGUUAGCUACACUCACAAAGACCUUGCUAUUUGAUUCGUGUUUUUAUCCAGUCAAAAUUCAUGAAGGGAGGGGAGAAAAUAAAGGUCGCUAGGCUGUGCUUUAUCUUCUCUAUUGUGGGGCUAAAAUUGUACAAUUCAGUAGAGAGUAGGAUAUCUGUGCUGUCUGCUACUGAUUUUUCCGUUCAUCGGUUCAUGUAUUUUCUUUAGGAUUGUUUUUUAACUGAUAUCAGUUGUUACAGUUGUGCAAAUUAAAGCUUUCCUUUAUCUCCAGAAAGGAAAAAAAAUGCUAUGUUCUGGUUCAAAGGAAGAUGGAUAGAUUGUUAUUACAA